AUGGCUAAGAUUACAGAGAUCUUCUUCGAUUGCGACAACACCUUGGUCCUCUCCGAGGAGCUGGCCUUCGAGGCCUGCGCCGACCUGGCCAAUGAGAUUCUGGAGGAAUACAACAUCCCCGAUCGCUACACCGGCGACAUGCUCAUCAAGGACUUUGUCGGCCAAAACUUCCGCGGCAUGAUGGGCUCUCUGCAGACCAAGUACGGGUUUGAGAUUGAGCCGACCGAGCUGGAGAGAUACGUCAAGAAGGAGGAGGACAAGGUCAUCGCCAAAUUGGAAGCCAAGGCGAAGCCCUGCGUCGGCGCUUCUGAGCAGCUGGAGAAGCUGUACAACUCGAAGAAGUACGGUCUCGCGGUUGUUUCCUCUUCUGCCCUGCGUCGCGUGCGCGCCUCCAUUGAGAAGGUCGGUCAGGCCAAGUUCUUUGAUCACGACAAGGUCUUCAGUGCCGCAACCUCUCUUGAGAAGCCGACUUCCAAGCCCGACCCCGCUAUUUACUUGCAUGCUCUUGAGAAGGUUGGCAAGACUGCUGCUGAGACCAUUGCCAUCGAGGACAGCAAAUCUGGUGCUCUCUCGGCCAUUCGUGCUGGUAUUCCCGUCAUUGCCUAUGUCGGUAGCUACAAUGGCGAAGAGACACAGAAGGAGAUGGCUGAGAAGUUGACUGAACUUGGCGCAAUGAAUGUCAUGUGGCAUUGGUCUGAGUUUGAGGACCGUGUUAAGGAGAUUGAGACUGGAUCUGUUGAGGUCCACUCGAGCCUUUGA